GGCGCCCAAGUCAAACGUGGCGUUAUAACAAAAGAGACAAGGAAACUCCAGAAAGAUACUGACGUGAUUCUCUCUCUGUCCUGCAAUUCAAAUCCGUCACUUCUCUUUUCGACCUUUACUUUACGGUGAUUCCAUUUCUGCACGACAAAACAAGAUUUCCAUAAAGAGAGAAGAAGAAAAGGAAAGGGAAUGAUAGCUGUUACAACCAGAGAAGAGAGGCAUUACGAGCGUGAUUGAUGUGCCUGUGGUGAUGUGUGACUGUGAUCUCUGAAGGAGACCCAGAUACGGGACAGAGAAGAUGACGAAGAAAUUAGGUUUCUUGUUGCGGCUUUUGGUAGUGGGUCUGGUGAUAGCAGAGACGGUCCAUGGUGCUUAUGAGUUCAGCAGAUACGACUUUCCUCCUGGCUUUGUGUUUGGUGCUGGCACUUCAGCUUAUCAGGUCGAAGGAGCAGCAAAUGAGGAUGGGAGGACUCCAAGUAUAAUGGACACCUGGGCCCACUCUGACUCAGGGAUUACAAGCGGAGCAAAUGGAGAUAUUGCCUGUGAUCAAUAUCACAAAUACAAGGUAGAUGUCCAACUCAUGGCAGAAAUGGGAUUAGACGCAUACCGGUUUUCCAUCUCAUGGUCAAGGCUCAUCCCAAAUGGGAGAGGCUCUGUGAAUCCGAAGGGAUUGCAGUACUACAACAACCUCAUCAAUGAACUGAUCAGCCAUGGGAUUGAACCGCACGUGACCCUGCACCAUUUUGAUCUGCCACAGGCUCUUGAAGAUGAGUAUGGAGGAUGGAUAAGUCGAAAUAUUGUGAGAGAUUUCGCGGAAUAUGCAGAUGUAUGUUUCAAAAUAUUCGGAGACAGAGUUAAAUACUGGACAACCUUCAACGAGGCCAAUAUUUUCUCGAUGGCUGGUUAUGACCUCGGAUUCAUGCCGCCAAGCCGUUGCUCUUCUCCAUUUGGAUUCCUUAACUGCACCAGAGGAGAUUCGUUAUUGGAACCAUACUUGGCAGCUCACAAUAUCUUAUUGUCACAUGCAUCGGCCACCAGAUUGUAUUGGAAAAAGUACCAGAACAUACAGAAGGGAUACAUAGGGCUUAACCUUCUGAGUUUCUACUCUGUUCCUUUCACAAACAAAACAGAAGACGUAAUUGCAGCUCGAAGGGUUACUGACUUUUUCAUGGGUUGGUUUGUGGAACCGCUGGUGUAUGGGGACUAUCCUGAGGUGAUGAAGAAUAAUGCAGGAUCAAGACUCCCUUCCUUCACUGCUCUCGAAUCUCAAAGAGUCAAGGGUUCAUUUGAUUUCUUUGCAGUCAAUUUCUACAGCGCAAACUAUGUCAAGGACAAUCCAGAAAGCCUGAACAUUGAACCGAGGGACUAUUUCACAGACAUGGCUGUACAGUGGAAAUACAAGCAAGGAAAUGCAUCGUCAUUUAUGAAUAGAUUUCCGCCUUCAUUUGAGUUUCCACUUACUCCAUGGGGUCUGCAAGGCGUGCUGGAGUUAUUCAAGCAAAAUUAUGGAAACCCUCCCAUUUUUAUCUAUGAAAACGGUCAAAGGAUGCAGAGAAACACGUCACUUGAGGACUGGCCGAGAAUUCAAUAUUUGCAGGAGCAUAUCAGUGUCCUGCUGGAUACAGUGAGGAAUGGCUCGAAUGCGAAAGGCUACUUCACAUGGUCCCUCCUAGACGUGUUCGAGCUGUUGGAUGGGUACAGGUCGGGCUAUGGCCUGUACUAUGUGGACUUGGACGACCCUGAGCUGAGGAGGUACCCGAAGCUCUCAGCCAAGUGGUACUCACGCUUCCUGAAGGGAGGGAGCAUCACUCCGGACAGCAGCAUCGAGCUCGAGGGCAAUUGGUCCUCCCUCUCUUCUGCUCAAGCCAUGAGGUGAAAUUAAAUUCCUGGUUCCUUGAGGUGCGAGUCAUUUUCUUGGGUAGCUUCAUUCACGAUUCAGGUUCAACUCAAGUCAAGGAGCAUGUGAAUGUUCUCUCUUUUGUCCAGAAUUUUCCUAGUAUGUACUUCAUCAUGCUGUUGGGAAGAUUCACGGAUGGUGCGAGCUAUUUAGCGUGACUGUAAAUCUUUGAAUUUCCUGGUUCCAAAUGUCAGUCUUAGCAUAUGGAGAAUAGAUGAACGUACAUAAAAGAAUUGCUUUGCAAUUUAUUAGUAGGGGCCGUCGAGUGGUUUUGUAUCAUUAUAUCAGAUUCCAAGUCAAUCGUCCUUAUGCCUCGUCAUGCUUAAAUUUAUGUACGUAAUCUCACGCCCUCCUUGAA